AUGAGUGUUGUUCCAUAUGCAUAUGAAUGUUAUAAGUCUAGCGUACUUCAAUAUAAAGAAUAUACUCUCAGAAUUACUGAUAAUGCUUUAGUCAUACAUAAAGAAGGUGCUGAUGAAGACAUUACCAUCGGUCCUGGUAUAUUACCUAUCGAGCAACCAGAUGGUACAAUUGUUGAAACAGACUUAAAUCAAUACCUUCAAGCGUUACAGAAUCGUGUGACAAAAGUAGAGAAUAAUUACUUAGAUGCUCCAUUCUUCACAACUGAUAGAGAUUAUAUGUUUUCAUGUAUGGCGAGUAAUGGUUUGCAAGAAACUCGUGAGGUAAAUAUUAAUGAAGCAUUAGAGACUAUAAUAUAUCAUGUUAAACGGUUAUUAUCGAUUGACCAUGGAGUUCAUUUUGACCCAAGGUCUACACUGUUCAAUAUACCAAUGAUUGAAAACAGUCAAUUAACAUUUAAAGAAGAUACAUUGUAUAAUGCUUUAAACGCAGCAUUUGCUUAUAUAUUAGGUCAUGAACAAGUACAAAAUAGUGGUAUUGCAAUAUACUUAGAUAAAGUUAUGUUAAAGAAACCAUUGACAUUCACAGAAGAUGGUCCAAAAGCAACUGGUAUUGUUGGUGAUGGAACAUUAUUGACGAAAGAAUACUUAGCAAGUCAUGUCGGAGAAUUUUUCUCCACUAAUGAUAGCAUCAGUACAACACCAGAAGUUAUUUUAUUGAAGAAACCAAUCACAUUUGAUGUUAAAGGAAAGACAAAAGCAACUGGUAUAG